AUGGAUGAAAAGAUUAAUAUUUACAAGGCUCCCAAAGCCAGAAACAACGGUAAAGGUUUGAAAUGGAUAGCUUGGAUUUCAGCAAUUGGUAUUUUAUUUUACUUUAACUUAUUCAACAUAUCAAUUUCAGUAUUUAGCAAUAAUUCACCGAAAUUAAAUCCAGAGAAAAUUGUUUUAGAUUCACUUGAAACUAAUUUAGCAAGUAAUUGGUCAAAAAUUUACACAGCAGAAGCCCAUUUAGCUGGAACAAAUUAUCAUUUAGUUGAAUGGACACAAGAAAAAUUUCAAGAAUAUGGUUUUGAUACAACUUUAGACCCAUAUGAAGUGUACCUUAGUUUCCCAAAAGAGCAUGAUUUAAAAUUAUUAAAUUCAAAAGGAGAAGUUGUAUAUACUGCACCAUUAAAAGAAGAUGUUAUUGAUGAAGAUCCAACUACAAAAGGAAAUGAUACUGUUCCGACUUUCUUGGGAUAUGGAGCUAAUGGAAAUGUUACUGGUCAAUAUAUCUAUGCUAACUAUGGAACCAAAAAAGAUUUUGAGUUAUUAAAAGAAAAUGGUGUUGAUGUAAAAGGUAAAAUUGUUGUUGUACGUUAUGGAGGUAUAUUCCGUGGUUUAAAAGUUAAAUUUGCUCAAGAUGAAGGAGCAAUUGGUGUAUUAAUAUACUCAGAUCCAGGUGAUGAUAAUGGAAUAACACCAGCUAAUGGUUAUAAACAAUAUCCAGAAGGACCAGCAAGACAAGAAAGUUCAGUUCAAAGAGGUAGUGUUCAAUUUUUAGGAGGUGAAGGUGCAGCUCCAGGUGAUCCUACAACUCCCGGAUAUGCCUCCAAACCAGGUGUUGAAAGACAAGAUCCACAUUCAAGUAUUGGAAAAAUUCCGGUUUUACCUAUAUCAUAUCGUGAAGUUAAACCAAUUUUACAUAAAUUAAAUGGCUAUGGUAAAUCAAUACAAGGGUUUAAAGGUGAACUAGAUGGGUUUAACUAUACUACUGGUCCUUCAAAAUAUGAAUUAAAUUUAUAUUCUUUACAAGAUUUUAAUUAUACUACUAUAUGGAAUGUUUAUGGAGAAAUUAAAGGUGAGAAGUCAAAUGAAGUUAUAAUUAUUGGUAAUCACAGAGAUGCUUGGAUUAAAGGUGGUGCAGGAGAUCCAAAUUCUGGAAGUGCUAGUUUGGUUGAAAUUGCACGGGCAUUAGGUGAUUUGAAGAAAGCUGGUCAUAAAUUCAAACGUACUAUUGUUUUAAACUCAUAUGAUGGUGAAGAACAGGGUCUAAUUGGUAGUUCGGAAAGUGGAGAAUACUUUGCUAAGAAGUAUCAAAAGGAAGUGGUUGCAUAUUUAAAUGUUGAUGUUGCCACUAGUGGUAAAAAUUUAAAAUUAAAUUCCUCACCAGUAUUAAAUGAUUUAUUAUUAGAAACCGCUAAAAAGAUAGAUUAUCCAGAAGGUGGUAGUUUAUAUGAGCAUUACACUAAAAAUCAUAAAUAUAUUCCAACUUUAGGUAGUGGAUCAGAUUAUACGGUAUUUUUAGAACAUUUAGGUAUUCCAUCAUUUGAUUUAGGAUUUAGUGGUGGUAAAAAAGACCCUAUAUAUCAUUAUCAUUCUAAUUAUGAUUCUUAUCAUUGGAUGGAGAAAUUUGGAGAUAAAGGAUUUGUUUAUCAUAAUGUUGCUGCAAAAUAUUUAGCAUUAUUGGCUUUAGAAUUAAGUGAAAGAGAAUUAAUUCAUUUUAAUUUAAAUGAUUAUGCAAAGGGUUUAUUAGCUUAUUAUAAUGAAACGAUUCAUAAAGUACCAAAGAAAUGGUUAAAUGAGAAAAUUAAAUCACAUCCAAAAUUCGAUUUAAAAGAAUAUAAUUAUAUGAAAGAAAUUACAAGUGGUGAAUUUGUUACUCCAAUAUGUAAACAAAUGCAAAUGGGAAUAACUCAUGAAAGUGAAGAUGUAAAUCAUCAUCACGAUAACAGAACCUUAAAAGAUUUACUCAAGCAUACUCAAAAAUCAUUAAAAUUUUUAGCAAAUGUAACUGAACAGUAUGAUUUUGAAUCUCAAAGUUUACAAUCAAAAUUUGAACACAAAGAUGAAUUACCAUUUUGGAAAAGAAUUAAACUUUAUUUACAAAUUAAAGGUCAUAAUAAGGGUUUACAAUAUUUUGAAAGAAACUUUUUGUAUUCAAAGGGAUUACAUACUAGACCUUGGUUUAAACAUAUUGUAUUUGCUAGUGGUAGAUAUACUGGUUAUGCUGGUCAAAAUUUACCUGGAUUGAAUGAAGCUAUUGAAGAUGGAGAUUUUGAUAGAUUAGUUAAAUGGUUACAUAUCUUGGACGGUACUGUCGUAAGAGUUGGUCAUCAUUUACUUUUAAAAUAA